UGUCUGCAAGAUGGCGCAGGCUAUAUUUGAAGCAUUUGAAGGCAUGGAUAACCAGACUGUCCUAGCGGUUCAAUCUCUUUUGGAUGGACAAGGUGCUGUUUCAGACCCCUCAACUCAAAAUGUCAGCAACUCUGACCAAAUCCAGGGGAUGGAUGAUGAAGAUGUGUUUCUUUGUGGAAAAUGCAAGAAGCAGUUUAACUCACUGCCAGCCUUUAUGAUUCAUAAGCGGGAGCAGUGUCAAGGAAGUGGUCCUUCUUUAGCAUCUGUCACAAUGGGAACUCACAGUUCAUACAACCCACCAGUCAGCUCUGUGCAGCAGUCACACAUUAAUAACAGGCAGAUCUCCACAUACAUCGCCGUUCCUCCUUCUCCCCUCAUUCAGACCCUGGUUCAGGGAAACGUUUUAGUGAAUGAUGAAGUCCUGCUAUCUGCAAUGUCGGCUUUUACCUCCAUGGACCAGCCAAUACAUGCCAUACCAGCACCAGUACAGAGUCACCUGAGUAUGCAUUCUGGAGGCACCUACCUUCCUGUUCCUUCUCUCCCACCCCGUCCUCCUCACCCUGCCCCUACACUCCACACUGCACCACCUCCUCAUGGGGCUCCUCCUCCUUCUUCAGGACAAAACCCUUUGGGGAUCCCAGUGCAAGCGAGCAGCAGCAGCUGUAGUACAGUAGUGCAGGUUUACAGCUCACCCAUCAGUAUGCCAGGGAGCCUGGGCAUGGAAAUCCACGGGCUGGGUGUCACUCCUUAUACGCAAGUUGAGGCUGAUCUAAACGAGAGUGGCACAGGAAGUGAGGAAACCUCGGUAUCCAACAAGGCCCGUCGGUCGAAAUCUGACAGCAGUGUUCAGAACGAAAAAUUAAAGUCUACCAAACUGAAGUGCACUUACUGUGGAAAGGCAUUUGGAAAAAACUUUGAUCUUCAGCAGCACAUUAGAAGCCACACAGGGGAGAAACCAUUUCAGUGUAUAGUAUGUGGCCGAGCAUUUGCACAGAAAUCUAAUGCAAAAAAACACAUGCAGACCCACAAAGUCUGGCCCAGAGCACCCAACUCCAUAGGAUCUGUGGCUGUGCAGGUGGUUUCCAUUGACUCUACUCAACCUGCUCUAGAAGGUGUAGGAAAUGAGGCAUCUAGUGAAGCACCUUCUGAAGAGGCUCCAACACAGAGCAUGGAGACAGCAGAGGGUCAGACUGCAGAGAGCGCAGAUGCAAAGACGGUUGUGUUGGUGGACAGCUCCUACCAUUGUCAGUUUUGUACCAGCAAAUUCAGCAGCUAUUUCCAGCUUAAAUCCCAUAUGACUCAACAUAAGCAGGAGCAGGUGUAUAAGUGUGUAGUUAAGGGCUGUUCUCACACCUCUCAGAAGCUGGACCAGUUUGUGGAACACAUAAAGACUCACCAAGAGGAGAUGACCUAUCGAUGUCACUUGUGUAACAAGAAUGUUGCGUCACUUUAUGAAAUGGGUGUUCAUCAGUACUCCCAUAGCAUGCUGCCCAAGAUACCGCCCAAGAAGGAGCUGGGUGUAUUCAAGUGCCUAAAGUGUAUGAAUAAAUACUCCACUUUUGAGGCCUUGGAGCAACAUCUGUUAACAGCCACACACAGCUACCCGUGUCCACACUGCCAAAAGGUAUUUACCUGUGAGAGGUAUCUAAGAAGGCAUCUACCUACCCAUGGGUUAGGGGGCCGGUAUAAGUGCCAAAUCUGCAAGAAACUGUUUCGGAGAGAACACUACCUUAAGCUUCACCAUCACAUCCACUCAGGAGAAAAACCGUUUAAAUGCACUUUGUGUGAGUCAGCAUUUAAUCGGAAGGAUAAGCUGAAGAGACAUAUGCUGAUCCACGAGCCUUACAAAAAAUACAAGUGCCCAUUUUCGUCUCAUACUGGAUGUAACAAAGAAUUUAAUCGUCCAGACAAACUGAAAGCUCAUAUCUUGUCACAUUCGGGGUUGAAGAUGCACAAGUGCCAGUACUGCAGCAAGGCUUUCAGUCGGCGGGCACACAUGAUGGAGCACCAACGCUUCCACACAGGGAAUUACAGAUACUGCUGUCCAAGCUGUGGCAGGGGCUUCACCCGCCAGAAAUAUAUGAAGGAGCAUAAGUGCCGUCUGCAUCCAGAGAAUGAUAAAGAGCAGGGCAGGAAGUUGCAGAGAAAAAGAGGGCAAGGGAAGAGAGAAGGGGAAACUGGAUCACAGGAGGAGAACUUGGAUCAGUUAAAGAACAAUGAAGAACCUUUGAAUGUCACAGAGGAUUCUAGAAAACAAACGUUUCAGCAGACAGAAGCAGUUCUUUCUAUUGUGGUUGAAAGUACCGCAACCUCUAAUGAGAACCUGAUCGGAACUCCCAGGGAAGACAACAUGCCCACCACCACGGUUACACUGGCAGACCUGCAGCACAGGGCAGAUACUCCCUGUACCAUGCUGGCUGUGCCAAUAUAUAUCCAGACUCCAGAAUGAAUAUAUUGAGUGUAAAAAUUGCUUUUACAAUUGUAACCUGUGUAUAUAUUUACAUAUACAUUUUUAUUCUUUUUUUAACAAAAAAUAUUUGAAAGCAACUUUUAUCUUUUUUCUAUAUAAAUUUUUGUAUAUACUUUAUGUAUAUUUAUUUAUUUUAUUAAAUUAUUCCAUAACUAUGAUUCAAACAAUCUUCAGUUUGUACAUGCAUUAAUAUAAAUGUGCAUUAAAGGGAUAUGAAUUUCCUGCCAUGUAGUGUUCCAGAUUCCUGCCUAGGUAUCUCUUCAACACAGGAUAUCAUGGGAACAAAGCAAAUUUGAUAAUUGAAUUAAAUUGGAAACUUUUUAAAAACGAUAUGCUCUGCCUGAGUCAUACAUUUUUUUGGGGGGGGGGGGGAUUUCAUAUCUCUUUAAUGUUUCUGUUAUGUGUACCUUCACAUGUGUGUGUUUGUGUGUAUCUAUCUAUAUAUAUAUAUAUAUAUAUAUAUAUAUAUAUACAGUAUAUACAUAAAAUAAGAAUAAAAAUGUAAAUUCUGUAUUGUUUCAUGUAUAUUGCCUGACAUUUGCAUUUAUAUCUAUAUACACUGUACAGAAGAAAAAGUGUGAACGAUAUGUAAUGUUUACAUUUACUAUAUGACAUUUGCAUAUAUAUAUAUAUAUCCGUAUCUGUAUACACUGUACAGAAGAAAAGGUUUGUAUGCUGUGUAAUGUUUACAUUUACUAUAUGACAUUUGCA